AUGAGGCUAUGCUUGUCACUUACGAGUAAGGAGAAGAUUAGUUAUGCAAUAAAGAUUCCAACAUCGGUGGUUGAUGAUGUGGUAUUGGUGCCGAAAGGUGGUUUGAGUGGUAGUUUUGGUUUGAGGUGGUUUUGUAGUGAGGGUCUAUGGUGGUUGAAGUUGGAAUUCGACGAUGAAGGUGGAUGGCGGCUUAAUAGUGCGAAGAAAUGCAUGACGGCUAAGGUUUUGAUGGGGAAGAUGAAUAGUCCCCUUCUUAGCCUUUUUUAA